AUUUCGAAUUUCAAAACUCUUGGGCGGAGGAAAUAUUUAGCGUCUUGCCAUGUACAGGGGGGGUGCUUGGUUGGGAGGAGAGGAAAAACUGGAGCCGAUGGCCUCAUAUGUUGUCUGAUGGCAGCGAUGGGGAGUGGGGUGAAAAGAGAAGAGCACUUGUGAGGCAUUCUGGGGAGUGGAGAUUUCCAUCUGCCGAUGGAAGCGGAGAGCUCCAAUUCCCGUCAGAUCCGUUGCGUCGCGGAGUGGAGUCGCGGGAUGCAAGGCUUGGCGGAUCCUUCAGGAGCUCGGACGCGUUGGAGUUCUUCUUCAUCUGGAGGUCCGUCGAUCGAAAGUUGGGGUGUGUCCUGAAUGAUGUGUGCAGUUCAAAAGGGGAUAAUGAGUUCGUAUGGGUGGACACCAUGCUGACUGAUGCGUUCAGGAGGGGAUCGAUCCUACAGGCUGAAAACUUAAUUGAUCUUAAUGUACCUUGGGAAAGCAGUGAGCGAGACGAAAACGGUCCAUGUUGUGGCAUCAGGGGGCCUGGGCAUUCAGGUGCUUCAACUUUAUACCCCGUACUGCCAAGUACUGGAUACACGGAAGUAAUCAAACCAAUCGAUGUUAGUUCGACAACGAAGAAAAGGCCCAACAUGCACAGGGGGUGCAGUUCUGUGGAGGUUGCUAAGAAGCUGCAUUUCACCCCCCAGUGCGAAGAUGCCAAUGAAGUGUGCGCAGAAAAUUCAGAAACUGGUGUAAACAUGGGUGCACAUUCUUGCUUGGUUCGGGAUAACAGAAAUCUUUCCAGUGAUAAGUAUACAUGUGGUACGGAAAACAGAGCGAUCGCAUACAGUGCGACUGGCAAUGAAGUUUUUGAUCUAAAUGUUGAUCCAGCUGCUAAUGAUUCUGCUAGAAUUGGUAAUGACACUACAUUGCAAACAUGUGCCAGUAGUGGAAUGGCAGGGGCAAUUGUUGCUUUACCUAAUGAUAAUCAAGUUUCUUGGAAAAGAAGGAAGACAAUUUGUGAAGGCCCAGACUAUAGGGAUCCAGUACCCGGGAAGCCAAGUGCACUACAACAAGCGUUGAUGAAGUUUGCUGACCGCACAAGUGCGUACAUAAUAAAUCCUGCUGUUGGGACUGAGUUCGAUAACUGUGAUGAGGCUUAUGAAUACUACAACCUGUACUCAUGGGAGUGUGGUUUCGGGAUACGGUGGGGCAAGAAGCGAUGGUCAGAAAAGAAAAGGAAAAAAUGCGGCCUGGAGACCAAGCCGUACCAGCUAGCCCAAGAGUUCUAUUGCAGCUGCCGGGGGCAUCCUGAAUCAAAUGUGAAGACGUGUUCAUCCAAAACAAAUUGCCGUGCAAUGCUACGUCUGCACCGAACAGCAGAUCAUGGUUGGAUAGUGGUCGAGCACAUGUCUGAGCAUAAUCAUCCACUUUCAUAAAACUAUGGUGAGAAGAAACACUGGCCGUCGCAUCACCAUCUGGACAAAUUCACAAAGGACUUGAUACGCAUGCUUCGAGAAAAUAACAUUGGCAUUACCAAAUUAUAUAGCAUACUAGGAAACUUCUUUGGUUCUAUGCAAAAUGUACCAGCUACCAAAAGGUGCUUGAAGACAGUGUGCCAGAAAAUCAACCGCGAACAAGCUGACAAUGAUAUAAAGAAAACAUUAGAUUUGAUCCGGGAACUUCGGGAAUCAGACCCAGGCUUUGCGUUUAGUGUGGACCCCGAUGAGAAUGGACGGAUUAAGACCUUGUUGUGGACAAAUAGUCAGAGCAGGAUGCAAUACGACCAUUUUGGAGAUGUUGUUAGUUUUGACACAACAUUCAAGACAAAUCUUUAUGAUAUGCCCUUUGGUUUAUUUGUUGGAGUCAACAAUCAUUUCCAGACGGUACUUCUUGGAGGAGUUCUUAUGACAGAUGAGAAAAUUGACAGUUUCAAGUGGGUGUUUAGGGAGUUCUCAUCAUUGAUGGGUGGGCGGCAGCCGAAAACUAUACUAACAGAUCAAUGCAGAGCCAUGGAAGUGGCAAUUGCGGAGGAGUGGCCUAAUACAGUGCAUCGAUGGUGCAAGUGGCAUGUCUUGAAGAGAGUAAGAGAAUGUGUAGGGCAGAAGUAUACUAGUAACAAAGAAUUCAGAGACAGAUUCCACAUUAUGUUGAAUGAAAUGUUGACUAUAGAAGAAUUUGAAACAAGCUGGAGCAUCUUGCUGAAGCAGUAUGGUCUAGAGAAAAAUGCUUUCUUGACCCAGAUUUACGAGACAAGGCAUAAAUGGGUAAAAAGCUACUUCAAAGGUGUGUUUUGUGCGAGAAUGACAAGCACACAAAGAAGUGAGAGUGCAAAUCACAUGCUGAAGAAUAUACUUUCACCGAGCUGUCCUCUGCAUCAAUUUAUCCAGCAAUACAUGAAAAUGCAAUACAUCAGGGAUGAAGAAGAGAACUAUGAGGAAAGACGCAAUAAACUGGUACGUGACUUUUAAUGAUUUCCGAAUUCAAAGAAAAUUAGUACUGGGGGACCUCUGGUAGUACACGCCCACCGUACUUAUACUCUAAAAGUUUUCAGCUUAUUCAGUCAGCUUAAAGAAGAGUCAGAAUUCUACAGAGCAAUAGAGAUUAUUCCAGGGGAGGAGUAUAUGGCGGAGCACUAUGACCUUACGCGUGUGCAGCACUGGUGCAAAGGGCAGUACAGGGUGCAGGUUGUUCAUGGUGGGGCGGAAUAUAUGUGUGAAUGUGGAUUGUUUGAGCAUUUUGGUUUACCUUGCAGCCAUAUCUUGAGGGUUAUGAUCAGCAAUGGAGUGCAGAAAAUCCCAUAUUCUUUGAUAUUGCAGCGAUGGACAAAGUCGGCGCGGCAUAUUCUGCCAGCGGACCUAUCACAGUACAAGAAAGACAACCCUGCUCUUUUGGCACAAACAUAUCGGCAUUCGUCAUUGAUGCUGAAAGUACUUAGAUUCGCAGAGAUGGGGAUAGCAAUGUGCAGAGUCACGCCCUAGCGAUGAAAUUGAUCGAUGAUGGUAUAGAGGCAUUGAGAGAAAUAUCGAAGGACAAAGAUGGUCUGGGUUUAGGUCAUGUGGCUCCAGUGGGGUACCAGGAAGAACCGGUAGAUGAACUAGGUGGUCAAUUCCCGCAGCGGGUACCCAAGAAGAAGAGUGAGCGUGGGAGACCAACAAACAAAAGGCAGAAAGCAGCGCACGAGAAGCUUUCAAAAAGACCGCGGUUCUGUAGCCUUUGUCGUAGCGACAAGCACACAUUGCAGAGUUGCCCAAACCGCGAUGCAAGAACGAAGAAGACAAAGAAAGCGCCAACUUGCAGUGGAUGUGGAGUGACGGGUCACACUGUCGACCGUUGCAUUGGUGCUCAGCCGCAGCUCUUCCAAACUAAAAUCAUGUUUCUCUAGAAAAUUUGUGGAUCAUUCUAAUGAUUGCCACUGGAUUUUGAUGGUGAAUUAAUUUUGCUGUAACAUGUUUGAGAACGUGCAUUACUUGUGGUCCAUUAUAUUUCGCAACUUGGUGGUGGCGCUUUGAGUUCCACUUUGGUCAGAAGACCAUGUACAUAAGUAUGCAAACCAUGUGAUGAUUUGCCAAAGUAACAUUGGUGGUGGUGUUGGUGGAAUUUGAUUGUUGUGUUUGUGUGCUUCA